AUGUCGAUAGACGAAUCCAAUAAAGUGCGACUUCGCGAUUCCUCCUCAGCUUCCAUAGUCAACUCCACUAUUGAAGCAGCACCGGCUAAGCCUACAAGAAUAAGGCCAUAUAUGCUCAGCAAGGUCAACGAUCUCAAGAUCCAACUGGGACUCAUCAUCAAGGAUCUCCUCUUUGCUUUAUUGGGCUACGAAGGCUGCUAUAUCCGCUACAGUGAAAAAUACGAUUCAACAAAUAUUCACAAUCAGCUUGUCGGCCCCGAUUUCAAAAUCGCCAAAAACUUGGAUAUCUCUCUAAAGAGCAUCGCGAAAAAGCUCGUAUGGUACGGCAAAUACUAUGGCGGUCUCACGGCCUUCUACCAACUCUAUAACCAGCCCAAAUAUGGCAAGGUACUCCAGCGGUUCUGCUGCUAUGUACAUCUGCUAUUGGACCAGUACCAAAAUGUAGUUGUGGAGAUCGAGAACGAGUUCAAGUUUAAUGCCAACUUCAACAUGAAUGUUUUAAAGACAAUUCUAGAUCGCGAUAUUCUGAACAAAUUGAAACAUAUCUACGAAAUCUCGUUGCAAAUACAUCUGGUAACCGUAGAGCGUUCCCAGGCUGCUGAACAACCUGAUUUACGAUUCCAAGACAUUAUUGCCAACGUAAAAAGCUCAAUAAACCAGGCGGGCAUACUAGAAAGUCUUGCCAACAACGGCAAGUUUGCUGUUUGUAAAGGCGGAUUGGCUUUGCGCGUAGUACAAGACCGUAUCAACUUGUUCAAAGGUGAUUCUGAUUCGCUGAGCUUUUUGACCCAGCUUUUCGAGGUUAUCAGUGAAGACUACGUAGAGAUGCUCAACAAAUGGUUAAUCAAUGGAGAUAUUGAUGAUCCCUACGAUGAGUUUGUAAUCCGGGAGAAGCCUGUUCCCGACAGUCUUAUCGAUAUCUUCCAUGCCAGAAGCGAACACUACUGGAACGAGUUAUUUAUAGUCAAAUCAGAUGGACUUAUUGACCAGUUUUCUAAUGUCGACAUCCAAAUGAAGAUUCUCAACACGGGUAAGUUCUUGAAUGUAUUUAAACUAUGUACUGGUUUGAAUAACUUCAACAAUCUCAAAGAGAUAAUUGAGCCGAUCACAGGAAUAUACACCCACGACCUCGAGUUGAAGAUAGAGGCCUUCUACAACAGAGCCAACAAGCUCCUUAUGAAACUUCUCUUUGAAGGAAUGCAGUUCCGUGGCUUGAUCAAUGAGUUCCAGUCAGUUUUUCUCUUUAGGGAUUCAUUCAAGAUUGACAACUUUCUUGAAAAGUCAUUUUCGGAUUUGAAAAGAAAUAGAUACAAUGUCUCUGUAUCAAGACUCGAAAAAAAUUAUCUAGACACUUUUGAAAUAAAGGGCAACAGUUUCUCUGACAUACCUCAGCAGGAGAAAAUGACAUCUAUCUCAGCCAUUGUGAGACAGAACCAAAAAUUUUCCAUAACGUCAUCUAACUUCUAUCAAGUAGCUAAAGAAAUCAUGGAAGUAGAAGCUUUUGAUUCCGAAGACGAAGAUGGGGCGAACUUACGUUCACUUUUGAACAAGACAUUCAAGAGAAAUGCUCUGCCUACAGAUGCUGAGAAGACGGGCCAUGACCCGAACCAUUCUGAUGAGUACGCUAUUACAAGUAUAGACUUGUCUGUAAGCUUACCAUUUCCACUCAACCUCAUAGUAAUCAGAGAGUUAUCAUAUCACUACGAGCUCAUGUUCAAGAUUCUAAUUAUCUUAAAGUUCAUUUCCAAGUUCAAUGACAAUACUUGGAGGGACAUUAACCAUUCAGAGGUGUGGAAGCACGCUUCGUUCGAUCCUCGUAUCAGGAAGUGGAUUCUCAGAUGCAGAGUAUUGCACAGUAGAGUUCGAGAGUUUGUCAACGAAUUGCAGAUCUACUUGAACUACGACGUUGUAGAAUCUCGUUUCAAAGUGUUUCAAGAGAGUUUGGCCAGAACUGAAGAGAUAUUAAAGGAGAAAGUGCUUGGCUCAGAUGUCAAUAACAAUAAUAACAUCGAAGCCCAUUUCAAUUCCAAGUUCAACACCUUCAACAAUUAUAACAGCAACAACACCAUAUUUGACGACAAGAUCCAUAACAUGAGAACAUCUUCAAGAAAUCGUGAAAGGGAACUUGCUAAUGUAGACACGUUGAUUCUGAAUCUCAGUGAAUUCUUGAAUACGCUUAUCAACGAUUCAUUAAUCACCAAACCGCAUUUGCUCCUUGCUCUCAAGAAGAUGUUUGACAUUGUAAUCCUGUUCAACCACUACUUAAGCCGUCUUAAGAAGGUACUUAUAACUUGUGAUGUAGAAUUGUUUGAGAAAUACUCAACAAACUAUCCUGAGAUGUUUAAGGACAAGACCAUGGAUGCCAGCCUGAUAAACAACAGAUAUGUAAAUAUGGACAAUUCGUUGCAUGGGCAUUUUGACACAUUUACCGCGUCGUUGUCAGAUUUUAUUGCAGUGUUGAGGACAUACGGUGAAUCUGAGAAUAAGCUGAUCUUGAUUUUGAGUGAAUCAUUGGAAAGAUGUUUCCCUGAAUAG